GAGAUCAGUGAUCAUUCUUAUUUGCAAAUUACUCUUAUCAUUCAACAGAUUUCAGAAAUGGAUAUUGGCUUAGCAGUUGGUGGUGCAUUUCUCUCUUCAGUCCUGCAAGUCCUAUUCGAUAGGCUUGCUCCUCAGGGCGAGCUGCUGAAGAUGUUUCGAAGGGACAAGCAUGAUCUUCGGAUUUUAAAGAAGCUGAAGAUGAUUUUGCUCAGUCUUCAGGCUGUACUAAGUGAUGCAGAGAAUAAGCAAGCAUCACUUAGUUUACAAUGAUGAGAAGGUAAAAGACCAUUUUGAUUUGAAAGCUUGGAUCUGUGUGUCUGAACCAUAUGAUGCUGUCAGAAUAACAAAUGAGCUACUUCAAGAAAUUGGAUCAUUUGACUGUAUGAUUAAUAACACCCUUAAUCAACUUCAGAUCGAAUUGAAGGAAAGCUUGAAAGGCAAAAAGUUUCUUAUUGUUUUAGAUGAUGUCUGGAAUGAUAACUUUGAUGAGUGGGAUGGCUUGAGAAAUACAUUUGUACAAGGAGAUAUAGGAAGCAAGAUCAUUGUGACGACACGUAAGGAGAGUGUUGCCUUGAUGAUGGGUUGUGGGGAAAUGAAUGUGGGCACUCUCUCUAGUGAAGUUUCUUGGGCUCUAUUCAAACGACAUUCAUUAGAAAACAGGGAACCUGAGGAACAUACAAAACUUGAAGAGAUCGGAAAACAAAUUGCACACAAGUGCAAAGGAUUGCCUUUAGCUCUAAAGGCAAUUGCUGGUAUUUUACGCUCCAAAUCCGAGGUGGAUGAGUGGAAAGACAUUUUAAGAAGUGAAAUAUGGGAGCUGCCAAGUCGUUCGAAUGGAAUCUUACCAGCAUUGAUGUUGAGCUACAAUGAUCUUCCCGCACAUUUGAAGCGGUGUUUUGCUUUUUGUGCAAUAUAUCCGAAAGAUUAUCUAUUUUGCAAAGAACAAGUUAUUCACCUGUGGAUUGCUAAUGGUAUUGUACAGCAGUUGGAUUCAGGUAACCAAUUCUUUGUCGAGUUGAGAUCAAGAACAUUGUUUGAAAGGGUCCGAGGGUCUUCUGAAUGGAAUCCGGGGGAAUUCUUAAUGCAUGACCUUGUCAAUGAUUUGGCCCAAAUUGCGUCUUCAAAUCUGUGUAUCAGGUUGGAAGACAUCAAAGCAUCUCAUAUGUUGGAACGAACUCGACACUUGUCAUAUUCAAUGGGUGAUGGUGAUUUUGGUAAACUGAAAACCCUCAACAAAUUGGAGCAAUUGAGAACAUUGCUUCCCAUCAAUAUCCAGCGGUGUUUAUGCCGUCUAAGCAAAAGGGGGCUGCAUGACAUAUUGCCAAGACUAACAUCCCUAAGGGCACUAUCACUAUCUCAUUAUAAGAUUGAGGAGUUGCCGAAUGACUUGUUUAUCAAAUUUAAGCACCUAAGAUUUUUGGACCUUUCUUGGACAAAGAUAAAAAAGUUGCCAGAUUCAAUUUGUGUACUGUACAACUUAGAGACACUUCUCUUGUCACAUUGUAGUUAUCUCAAGGAGCUACCUCUGCAGAUGGAAAAAUUGAUCAACUUGUGUCACCUUGACAUUAGCAAAGCUCAAUUGAAGACACCUCUACAUCUGAGCAAGUUGAAAAAUCUCCAUGUGCUAGUGGGAGCUAAUUUUUUUCUUACUGGUUCCAGUGGUUUGAGAAUUGAAGAUUUGGGUGAACUACAUAACUUAUAUGGAUCUCUAUCAAUUAUAGAGUUGCAAAAUGUGAUUGAUAGAAGGGAAGCUCAUGAAGCAUACAUGAGGGAAAAGGAAGAUGUUGAAAAGUUAUCAUUGGAGUGGAGUGUAAGUAUUGCCAACAAUUCACAAAAUGAAAGAGCCAUACUUGAUGACCUACAACCAAAUACAAACAUAAAAGAACUCCAAAUCGCCGGAUAUAGAGGGACAAAAUUUCCAAAUUGGCUAGCUGAUCAUUCAUUUCAUAAGCUAAUGGAAUUGUCUCUUAGCUACUGCAAGGACUGUGAUUCCUUGCCAGCGCUAGGACAGCUUCCUUCUUUGAAAUUCCUCACCAUUAGAGGGAUGCAUCAAAUAACAGAGGUGAGUGAAGAGUUCUAUGGUAGUUUGUCCUCCAAAAAGCCAUUUAACUCCCUUGAGAAGCUUGGCUUUGCAGAGAUGCCGGAGUGGAAGCAGUGGCAUGUACUGGGUAAUGGAGAAUUUCCUAUACUUGAAGAACUUUGGAUUAAUGGUUGCCCAAAGUUGAUUGGGAAGUUGCCUGAAAAUCUUCCUUCUCUGACACGAUUGAGAAUUUCAAAAUGCCCUGAACUCAGUUUGGAGACACCUAUCCAACUUUCAAAUUUAAAAGAGUUUAAAGUUGUUGGUUGUCCUAAGGUUGGAGUUCUUUUUGAUGAUGCUCAACUGUUUACAUCUCAACUUGAGGGAAUGAAGCAGAUUGUUGAAUUAUCUAUUACUGAUUGUCACUCUCUUACCUCCUUACCUAUUAGCAUUCUGCCAAUUACUUUGAAAAAAAUAGAGAUACAUCUGUUAGCAUGA